AUGGAUAAUUUUCAGACGGCGGUGGUAACAUGUACUACGAUUGGGGAGUUGUACGGUGAUACGUCGGAACAUGACGAUAAUGGAGUUCUAGAAAGACUUAAACAGUUAGUAAAGAACAAUUUCCCAGAGGGUUGGCGUGAAUGGAAGGUUGCGAGGCUAUCCAAAGAAGAUACAGUUGGUGCAAAUCCGGACCCACAACUUCUGAAUAAGUUAAGAUAUGCUCUUCCCACGAUUGGAAUUGCAACGGCCUUUAAACCAGAAGCUACCUUUUUAUCAGAAAGACCGUAUCGUGAUUAUAAAGCAAAAAUGCUGGAUUGGGCGUUUUGUAGAGCGCUAAUCAUGUCACCUUCGGCAUUAGCUAACUUAAUUAGAGGCUCUGCAACUCAAACAAUGAUUUUAUUACAGAAAUACAGAAUAGUUUACAUUCUAUGUUGGUAUCGAGACAAGAAGGCUCGAAUCAAUUAA